AUGGUGCCUAAAAGACUUGAAGUUGCUCUUACAAGACAUAUGACUCCUCCCAUUUCAAAUGCCACAUUGCCUGGUCAUGUGGAAUCAAAUACGGAAAGUAUACAAACAUUGGUGAAUGCUCAAAAUAAACUUAUUGGCAAAAUUCUCAACGUGGCUAAAGAUAUUUCUCCUGGACUCUUUGGCUCUGAUGCUGUGAAGUUUAUUCAAGGUGAAUACAGGUUAAAAAAAGGCAUUUUGGAAAAGGUAUCAACUCAUUAUCAGGAAGUUGCUUGGGGUGCUGUCUCAAGUAUUUUGGAUCAUGUUGUUCUUUGGUGGUCUCCAGAGGCACUUGCAACGCGUCACAGUCAAGGUGCUCUCCAUCUCAAAGAUUGGCUUCAUCAGUUCAUCCAAGCGAGCAAAGUACCACCCACCGUGCUUCCUGCGCUGCAAAAUCUUUGCGAUGCACUCGGACAUCACGUGACAACUACGGCAUGGGAUCAGCUAUUCAGAAGUGCAUAUACAUCUGCAUUCAACUGUCAAUCUUCAUCAUUUUCAAGUGAGGGGUCCGACACGGGACGGAUGUUUGCUGAGUUAUUUUCCUUGCUGGUGUCACUGAAUAAUGAGUGUGAGGUGGGUGGAGAAUGGGUGAUAGGCGCCCCACUACUUGAACUUCCAAUUUCCGAACAAAUAAUGGUUCUUCAUAAAAUGGAUCAUUCGAUUCAUACGAUGCGGCUUUGGGCUAUACAAGCGGCUAGUCAUAUCGCUCAUACUUGGGAUUUGAAUGCAUUUUUUCUCCUGGUGCAUGGAGAUUUGAAAAAUUGUAUUGAAGAGCUUUCGUAUCUCAAGCUUGCUGAUCAUACAAACGCCUUAGCAUCCGCAUCUAUAAGUGUGCAGGUAUACGUGUGUACCAAAUUGCGAGCAAAAAUUGCAUCUGAGGUGACCGCUAACGCCAAGUUACUUAAGGAAUGUCCGUUGGGAUGUAUUCAAACUAUGGCCAAGAUAUGUCGAACAGUUAGCUUGGCUAAUCUGCACAUGUGCUUUCCUAAACCAAGUUACUGGAAAAUGGAUAUGAACGCUGCGCCAACCGCACCAAGUUUCUACGUUGCUACGUAUCUCGGUCAGGUUCUAUUACCAAUACUAGAAGUGGUGGACGAUUGUCAAGUGUCAAAUAUGAUUCUCAAGAUCAUGUGCGAGUCCUGGCUCGACUACAUCUACUCACACAGCAUCAAAUUCAGUGAGUGGGGAGCCUUACAGUUGUUAACAGACUUCGCCUUUGUCAAGACAUGGCUGAUGGAACGUUCCAUCAUAUCACCAACUGUAAGAGGGCAUUUGCUUAAGAAUGAGGUUCUUCGACGAUGCGAAGGUGUUGGCCGCUUGCUUUUGAGAAAUCCUGGCGAAGCUAUAGUUAUGCACAAACAACGAGAAAAACUAAACAGUGAAAGUGCAUCUCCCGAAUCGUUGGGUUUGGAAAGAAUGCCAGCGGAAAUGUAUGUCCCAAAUCAAGAACAAUGGCUUGAGCUACGAGCGCCCAGGCGAUGCAUUUUUUUUUUUUUGUGAUGAAUAAA